AUUCUCAAACUCUCACGCCAACGCGUUGAGCAGACGGCAGACGCCACAUACAGCCACGCUGAAUUACAAUCGCAAUGCUCAUUACGGAAACACACAAAGAUGUGCCCACCGAGGCAGGUGGUGACAUGAGGAUCUUCAUCUUCCACCCCACCAUUCCAAACUACCCCAAAGCAAAGUUUCCUGGUGUCGUAGUCUUCUCUGAAAUUUAUCAAGUGACUGGACCGGUUGCUCGUUUUGCACGACAAAUCGCUUCCCAAGGCUACAUUGUCGCAGCGCCGUCUUCCUACCAUGAGUUCACUGGACCUGAACCACUUGCCUAUGAUGUUCCUGGUACUGACAAGGGCAAUGAAUGGAAAAUCACAAAGACGGUCCAAGCUUAUGACGAGGAUGCUUCUCUUUCGGUAGACACAUUACUCGCAAUGCCAACGUGCAACGGAAGAAUCGGCGCUACUGGCAUGUGUCUAGGAGGUCACUUGGCAUACCGUUGCGCUCUCGAUCCACGCGUUUCUGCGGCAAUUUGCUACUUUGCGACCGAUAUUCACAGCGGUACGCUGGGAAAGGGCAAAAAGGACGACUCGCUUGCUCGCUGUAAAGACAUCAAAGGCGAGCUUGUCAUGAUAUUCGGCAAGAUGGACACGCACGUACCACCAGAAGGCCGAGACCUGAUCAGAAAGGCGCUGCAUGAGGCAGGCGUUACCUUUUCUUUCUACGAACCAGCCUGGGCGCAACAUGCUUUCAUCCGAGAUGAGCUUAGCAAGGGGCGCUACGAUGCUGCGUUGUCGGGAAUCUGCUUUGAGAUGCUCAAAGAGUUAUUCAAUCGCACAUUACGCUCUGAUCUGGGACCGAGGUCUGGGGGUGACGUCGAGAUUGAGGACGUGUGCUAAACGUGAACUUGGAGCUUGUUACAAGAACCGAUAGCUGGUUUGCAGAUACUACUCUACAUACGUCCAGGCCAAUAUGCAUACUAUGAUCGAAUGCAAUGCAUGAGUGCCGGCAUUUGGCCGUGAGACUAGACCA